GAGUCCGAAGCGCGGGGCGGGGAGGCCAGCGGUGGAAAGGCCGAUUCUCCUCCUGCAUAUUCAUGAGGCGGGUUCGCCUGGGUGCGGCGCGCGGCGUUGACGUCACUGCGUUGGAAGCGGUGGCGGGAGAUCGCGGAGCUCUUGGCCGGCCAUGGCGGAGGAGGCGGAGGGCUCGGACGCUGGCAGCGAAGAGGUGUUGCUGACCCCCGCCCAGCUCAUCCGCAGCCUGGAGCAGGCCUGGAUGAAUGAGAAGUUUGCCCCAGAGCUGCUGGAGAGCAAGUCGGAAAUUGUCGAGUGUGUUGUGGAGCAGCUGGAACACAUGGAGGAGAACCUGAAACGUGCCAAGGGAGGUGAUCUGAAAGUCGGCAUCCACCGCAUGGAGGUUGAAAGGAUCCGCUAUGUCCUCAGCAGCUAUUUGCGCUGCCGGCUCAGAAAGAUUGAGAAAUAUUUCCCCCACAUCUUGGAGAAGGAGAAGACUCGGGCUGAAGGGGACCCAUCCAUCCUUUCCCCAGAAGAGUUUGCCUUUGCUAAAGAGUACAUGGCAAACACAGAAGCCCAUUUCCGGAAUGUGGCUCUGAAGCACAUGCCUCCCAACCUGCAAAAGGUGGACCUCCUGAAGGCAGUCGCCAAACCGAACCUGGAUGCUUUUGUGUUCCUGCGGGUGAAGGAGAGGCAAGAGAACAUCUUGGUGGAACCGGAGACAGAUGAGCAAAGAGAUUAUGUGAUUGACCUGGAUGAAGAUUCUCAGCACCUGAUCCGAUACAAAACAAUUGCUCCUUUAGUGGCUUCGGGGGCAGUCCAGCUCAUUUAAACAUCGUGGAAACCCCUGGGCAUUCUGCAAGUCCCAAGUGAAGGAUUUACCCCGAAACCACCAGGGCCGCUUGGCUGACAGCAAUACCAUCCCUGCCUGCCUCAAGGAUUUGACAUCAGGAGUCCGAACUGUCCUCAGUGCAGCUCAGCUAAGCUCAUGAGACUCUUGUGUGUGAAAUUUGCCCAGGUGGCUGCAAAGAAGAGAGGGUGUUGCUGACAUCAAAGAAAGGAUGGUGGGUGUGGGAGAGCCUGACCUUUGGCAGGGCUGGAGGAGCACAUCUGAUGUUCUGUUGGAUAUCCAGCAGGUGGCAGUGUUGCACCAUAGCCUUUUGCUCAAGACUGCACAGUUCUAGAAACUAUCUUUUGAAAAUCGUAUGAGUUCCUUCUCACCAGUGCAAGUGGGUGUUGGUGAAUUGUGUUUGUUCCCAUGCAGGAUAUUGUGAUGCCCAGGCCUUCCUUACCUUGCUGUACGAACAUUGCUGCAGUCCAUGACCAUUCACACAUGCAGCAACAACAAAAUACCAGCUGCCGUUGGCAUGCCACAGAAAGAUGCUAGAAUACCUCCAGGAAUGAAGGACCUUAAGCUAUGCUCUUUGCAGACCCUGUUUGUUUUUUAAAAGAAGUUUAAAAUAAUGAACCAUGCUCUCCAUUUUAAAAUGUCCCAAUAUUCCUCCCAGUAUCAAUCAUUAAAUAUGUGCAUGUAAAAGAUACCAAACAGCCCAUUAGUUGUAAAUGAUAUGAUUUCUAAUUGAAAGCUUCUGCUGAUUUAUAACAGCAAUAAAAUAUGAAAUGCUGUU